GUGCAGGUAAGGAAAAGCUUUGGGAUGGCACGUGGCUCGAGCUCCUGUAGUUGGAGGAGUCGGUUGUUUGAUUGGCCAGCGUUUCGACGUGUCCCAUGACCCGCAUCCUCGCCGACGCCUGCGCUACCCCCGGCCGCUUCUUUUUUUUUUUUUGGCCUGCCGUCCACCGGCCCGCCCGGGCGCAUGCAGGAAAAAGUCCCGGCCGUCCAAGUUACCGCCUGCAGCUGGACGUGGACGGCAACAGCUACAGCGGGCGCUUCUACUGCAUGCUCGCGUCGCGCGGCUGCCCGCUCAAGGCCACGGCCUUUCGAGAGUGGCACGACGACCGCCUGGUCCCCUGGCUCCAUUACGUGCCCGUGUCGCAGUCGCUCGAGGAGCUGCCGGAGCUGGUCCGCUUCCUGGCCGGCACGCGCGGCGGCGGCGACGUCGCCCGCGCCACCGCCGACGCCGGGAGGGAGUGGUACGACAGGGCCGUCGGUCCCCUUCACCAGAGCCUGUAUCUGUACAGGCUCAUGCUGGAGCUAGCCUAGCUCAUGGACGAGGCGCGGUCCAUGACGUAGCGCGGCCCUUUUGGCUGGUGGAUGCGGUCAUGAGGCAAAGUGUAAAUACACACAUACCUAGGCAGUAGCCAUACUUAAUAUCUUGCUUCAUUUCUCGGCAUAGGCUAGCCGAUCCUAAUUUGGACAAGAUAGUAUUAGUCCCUAAUUGAUGCUCGAUGAAUCGGGCCUGUCAGUCC